UUGUCGCACCGCCCUUCUUUGACGACAAGCGAGACCCCCCAAUCUCUCUCUCUCUCUCUCUCUCUCUCUCUCUCUCGUCCUUUUGGGUCUUCGGGAUCAGGCCUAGAAGGAGCAUUUGAUGGAUGAUGACUGUUCCUAUGGAUAGUUCACCUGCUCCCUCUUCGCGGGAGCUUGCAGAGAACCUUUACAAGAAGAAUAUCGAAUUGGAGAAUGGUCUGCGUAGAUCAGCCCAGUCAAAAGUUCCUUCGGAUCCUAAUAUAUGGCUUCAAAUGCGUGAGAACUAUGAGACCAUCAUUCUUGAAGACCAUGACUUCUCUGAGAAGCACGAGAUAGAGUAUGUUCUUUGGCAAUUGCACUAUAGAAGAAUUGAGGAGUUCCGCUCACACAUCAAUGCUGCAGUUUCCUCCGGUUCUGCUACAUCACAAGGCGUCAAAAGCAAUGCCCGUGUAGAUCGAAUUAAGAGGAUUCGAUCUUCUUUUAAAAGUUUUCUUUCGGAAGCAACAGGAUUUUAUCAUGACCUGAUACUGAAAAUUAGAGCCAAGUAUGGUCUGCCACUGGGCUACUUUCCGGAGGGCCCUGAGAAUCAAAUUCUUCCAAUAAAAGAUGAAAAGAAAGUGGCCGAGACAAAGAAAGGGUUGACGUCUUGCCACAGAUGUCUGAUAUAUUUGGGAGACCUUGCUCGUUACAAGGGUUUGUAUGGAGAAGGCGAUUCCAUCAGCCGUGACUAUGCUGCCGCGUCUAGUUAUUAUAUGCAGGCUGUUUCUCUCUGUCCAUCCAACGGCAAUCCUCAUCAUCAGCUUGCAAUUUUAGCAUCUUAUUCUGGAGAUGAGCUAGCGGCUAUCUAUCGAUACUUUCGGAGCUUGGCGGUGGAUAGUCCUUUUUCAACAGCUAGGGACAACUUGAUCAUUGCAUUUGAGAAGAACCGUCAGAAUUAUUCUCAGUUGCCCGGUAACCUCAAAGUUCCUUCAGCAAGGACAUUGCCUGCACGACCAGCCGGGAGAGGCAGAGGAAGAGGAAAUACAAGGCUUGUGGCAAAAGAUACCAAAACAGAAACAACUCCUGUUAAAGAGCGCGAGAAUAGUAUUCCUGAAGUAUUCAAAGCCUUUUCAACUCGUUUUGUUCGACUUAAUGGCAUCCUCUUCACGAGGACAAGCUUGGAGACAUUUGGAGAGAUAUUCGCCUCAGUAGUCAUUGACCUGCAAGAGCUCCUUUCUUCUGGUCCUGAAGAGGAUCUUAAUUUUGGUUCAGAUGCUGCUGAAAAUGCCCUUCUUAUCGUGAGGCUUAUCGCCAUCCUCAUCUUCACAGUCCAUAAUGUGAAGAGGGAGUCGGAAAGCCAGUCAUAUGCUGAGAUUUUGCAGCGCACAGUGCUUCUUCAGAAUGCAUUUACAGCUGCCUUUGAGUUUGUUGGACACAUUCUUAAAAGAUGUAUGCAGCUGCAUGAUGCUGCAUCGAGCUUCUACUUGCCGGCCCUUCUGGUCUUCAUUGAAUGGCUUGCAUGUCAUCCGGAUAUCGCAGCCAGCUCUGAUAACACCGAGGAAAAACAAUCUAAUGCAAGAUCAUUUUUUUGGAAUCAAUGCUUAUCCUUUAUGAACAAGCUUAUUCUCACCGGCCUCGCUUCUAUUGAUAUUGAUGAGGAUGAGACUUGCUUCUCUGACAUGAGUAGGUAUGAUGAGGGUGAAACUGAUAAUAGGCUUGCAUUGUGGGAGGACUUUGAAUUGAGAGGAUUCUUGCCCUUAAGGCCGGCUCAACUUAUUUUGGACUUUUCAAGGAAGCAUGCAUUUGGGAGUGAUGCAAGCACAAGGGAAAAAGGAGCCCGUGUUCAGAGGAUUCUGGCGGCUGGUAGGGCUCUUAUGAAUGUAGUUCAAGUUGAUCAAAAGAGGAUAUACUUUGAUCCCCACUCGAAGAAGUUCAUAAUGGGUGUGGAACCUCCAAUUUAUGAAGAAGUUUCAGAGUCAGUUGUUACUAAACAAGGGAGUGAACUUGAGGGCACCAUCGACCUUGGGGCAAAACAGUCAAAGAGUCAGUUGCUUUUUGAAGGAGAGGAAGAUGAGGAAGUUAUUGUUUUCAAACCUACAGUUGCUGAAAAGCUCGAUAGUGUAGCUACUUCCAUAUUACCUCCUAAUGAAUUUGUACAGCCUGUCCAAAUGUCUAAUGCUGGUUGGCCAAUGUACAGUACUCCAUUUUCUGCUCCUCUGAACAAUGUUCAGAUGCCAGCUAUUUCAAAUAUCAGUUCUUAUAUGAACACCACCGAAGCAAAUAUCUCCCAACUUCCUCCACGUUACGUCAGUCCGGAUCAUCCUAAAUGGUUAAUCGAGCAACGGGUUUCCUUAUCUGAUGAACUGAAGAACUUGAACAUCAUUGGUGAUGGACACUUGGCCGAACAAAAGUUACAGAGAGGCUUGAGUGGGCUUCACCAGCCUCUUGGGUUUGCACCUCAAGUUUCUGCUAUGGCUAGUGGGCCUACUUCCGCUAUGUUAACUAAUCAGAUUAAAGCUUCUGAACUGGCUAUAUCAUCUAUGCUCGAUACUGUGGUGCCGUCAGGUAUAACCACUGAUAAGUUUGCAGCCGCACUGCCAACACCACCUAGGAAAAAUCCUGUCAGCCGUCCCGUUAGGCACAAUGGGCCACCUCCGGGGUUCAGCCCUGUUCCGUCGAAACAACAUGAGAAUCCCAUUUCAAAUUCAGUUACGAAGGAUCCAUACCCUCAAAUCGAUGACUAUAGAUGGCUGGAUGGGUAUCAACCAUCAUCAGCUAAAGGCAUGGGGAUAGAGAACCCAAUCAACCAUGUUUCAUAUAUGUAUCCAACUGUUACUGCUACUAGUAGUAAUGCCUAUAGCGGCUCUAUCAGCUUCCCUUUUCCUGGGAAGCAGGUCUCUGCUGUUCAGACUGAGGCAGUAGAUGAGAAACAGUGGCAAGAUUUCAAGCUUUUCGAGCAGAUGAAACCAUAUGCAGAACAUCAGCUUCAGCAAAUGAAUCCACAACACGCUCUGCUGCCGGAGCAGCAGCCAGGGCAAUCUCUGUGGUCGGGGAGGUACUUUGUGUGAGAUACUGUAUCAAGAAGAUUACAGUUGCUGGAAAUCUGUUUCAGUAAGUUGGCCUGCAGUAUGGUGCCUAUGGAAUUUCGUCCCCAACCUUAGCAGCCCUUUAAAUACUGUCAAGUUUCUUUUGGAGCAUGGAUGGUCUAUCGGAGCAUUGCAAGUGCUACCAUCAUAUUCAGGUGUGACAAGGACUCCCCGACUUGAAGGGCGGAAGGGAUCUACUGGGGGGGUUUUGAUGGCGGCGAAUCUCUUACAACAUGUUCACUUUAGUGCUCUACUCUAGAGGCUUAUCCUGAAUGAAGCUUAAAUGGUGGUUUGCGUCGCGCCCAACUUGAACCGUAGAGAUGCUUUCCAUCUUAUGCUUCACUUCAUCUCUCCAUUAGGAUGCGUCUAUCUGUGAUCGGUAUAUCUAAAGGUGGAAUUGGUGCUGCUCGGGAAAAAUUCAGUGUAUCGGAGGAGUGGAAAGAGGAUGAUUAGCGUGAUGAUGGUUAUUAUGGCGGCGAAAAGGCAUUUCAUUUGCUAGCUAUAUAUUUUCAUCAAGCAUUAGUAUGUCAUGACCAAUCAUGUGAUACCCUUAGGCUAACCUUGUUCGAUAUGUGAUUGGUCUCGUUGCAUAUCGCGUUUUCCUGUCGUUUCGAUUGGUUGAAGUGUCUGUCGGUAAAAUAGUUUGCAUUAGUGUCUUGCUGUCUUGCUGUCUAUAAUAAUGUGCUACCGUACACCUCGAAUAAUUGUGUGCUUAAUAACACUACGGAGUGGUUUCAGAUUGUCUAUUUUAUGCAUUUAA